AUGACAACACCAUCACGAAGACGUCUAAUGCGAGAUUUCAAAAAACUUCAGGAAGAUCCUCCUGCUGGGGUAAGUGGUGCGCCAACAGAAGAUAAUAUACUAAUGUGGGAAGCGAUUAUUUUUGGGCCUCAGGACACACCGUUUGAAGAUGGAACAUUCAAGUUGACUCUUGAGUUCACUGAAGAGUACCCAAAUAAGCCUCCUACAGUAAAAUUUGUCUCCAAAAUGUUUCAUCCAAAUGUUUAUGCUGAUGGUAGCAUCUGCUUAGAUAUUUUGCAGAAUAGAUGGUCCCCAACUUACGAUGUUGCGGCGAUCCUCACUUCCAUUCAGUCGUUAUUGGAUGAGCCAAACCCCAAUAGUCCUGCUAAUUCAUUGGCAGCUCAACUGUAUCAGGAAAAUAGACGAGAAUAUGAAAAAAGAGUUCAACAAAUUGUGGAACAGUCCUGGCUUAAUUUUGGAGAAAAUGAAGGAGAACUGGAAAUUAAGGAGGGUGCUGAAAGCGAUGAAGGAAUGGAUCAUGAGAGUGGUGAUCCGCAGCCUUCAGUUUCUGGAGCAUCUCGAGUGAAUAACCCUGGUGCUUCAUCUUCUCUUUAA